AUGAGUGAGAAAUCGCCACAUGGGUCUAUAACGAAUUUGCCUGUGGCGAAUUUGGUGGCAGUGGCCAGAUGUGUGAACGCUGAAAUCUUCGAGAACAUAUCAGUCAAUCCUAGUCAAUCUAGGGGCGUGAGCCGAUAUCGCAGUGUUGGCUUAGCACCGUCAUUGGGGACGAGUUCUCUUUCGAGCCGGGCUGGCAUGAUUCUCCACCAAUUAUGGAUUUUGGUCAUAGGGGCAUCGGGAUCGUUGAAAACUCCACCCUCAAACUCUCUGAUGGCCUCUAUGAUGAGUGUGAGAUCUCGUCACCUCCAAACAGCUUCAGGCGAGGUUCGCACAUCACCCCAUGGGGAAGACGUUGCUGCGGAGUUGGCGAAACUUUCGUUCAUUGCGCUGUCGGGAGUUGAUUUCGAGUUACCCAAUGAAUUCCUUAACUCAAACGAUCACAAUUCGACUGAAUUGUUAAAAGAAGCCAAGAAGGUGAGGGAUUUCAUGACUAGAAACGAACUCAAGUCCUCCCCUUGGCAUAUUUAUCGAUCAGUCCUUCCCUUCACUCCACCCUCAUCCCCACUUUUCAAGCUCUAUGGACACCUUUCCGAUCCCAUUCGGAUUUUCAGCAUUGCGGGAGAAUUUCCUGGCUAUUCAAUUCCACUAAGCGAGAAUACACUCAAUGCUCGAAAGGUCAUGGAGGCUGAGCUGCCAAAGCUAUGUGAAAAGGCUAAUGGAUCCAGGACAGGGAAGACUUUGAUGGAUGAGACAGAGGGCAUCAAUCACAAAGCCGAAUUUCUUGUUCCUAGUAUCCGCAAUGGCAUUGUGACCGCUGCAGCACUCUCACGAGAUGGCCAUUUCAUCGCACUUGGCUUUGGAAAUGGUGUCAUCGAGGUUGCUGACAUCGAUCAUCACCAAACCACCUCUCAAUUCCAAUGCAACCCACCCAAUCCUCCCGCUUGGAUUGAAUUUAUCUGUGGCAGCCACCAGAUUGCCACCGAAGAUAAUGAUGGAAACAUCACGGUCUUCAGCCAUGGUUCGCCGUCUGUUAAGGUCGGUACCCUCCCCAGUGGGCAUUGCCCUCCCGUUACUCUAGUCGCAGACAAUGCCUCAUUCAUCAUACGAGUUCCUCUGAACAUUGACUGCCGUUGGUAUGAAAACAUGGUGAUCUCAUAUGUUUCAGAUGAGCCAUCCAUCCACCCUCUUUCCCCUCCUCGUUCCAUUACUCCGGUCUCCAGGUCAACCAUGCCUGACUGUUGCACACUUGGACUCUCCCCUGAAGGAUGUUACGUCAUCGUCCAUGAUGGCCAUAAUCUCGCUAUUUGGUCAUUAGAGACGCGUGAGUUGGUUCAUUUUUACGUGUCUGGAUCCACACUUCCCGUCUCCUACAACACAUGCCCUCGCCCACAUCUCAUAUCCCAAACCAAAACGAAAAUCCCUCUGCACCUGGAGAAUGGCAUCCCUCGUGCGCAGAGCCUCAUGGCUGGGCAUGACGCAGAUUUAUCGUGGCUGGAGCGACUAUCCCACGAGCUCUCUUCAGAGAAACCGCUUUCCAUCCUCAUAGGGCGAAAACGAGGUAAGACUCCUGAAAGGCGUGGAACACAGACGAUCUGGCUCAAUGGUAAACUUGAACUGCUUCUCCCACCAAACUACCGCCCGAUCAUUCUUGACAGGCACCAGAUUAACAGUCAAAGAGUAUGGUACGGGGAUCGAAUGCUGUGGAAUAAGAAUCGCCUCUACCUUCCUUGCGCUAACAAAGAUGGGACUCGAUUCUUGGUCCAAGGUCGCAUGCAAGCCCCAAUCGUUGUCGAUAUUAGCCAACUUGUCUAG